AUGCUUGAUGGUUUGGAUGUCAUUGGUGUGAGCAGGGAUAAACAUCUAUUUGUUUGUGAGCUGGUGCAGGGAGUUUCAUUUCAUGUUUAUGUGCAUGAUCCUGAUUUGACAUUUCCUUGUUUGCUCAUAAUUCUAACUUGUUUCUGGUUUGCUGCUGUCUUGCACUUUGACCAUGGUUUGCAUAGAUUCACAGGUUGUCCUGACUUGUCCUUGGUUCUGCAGAAAAUAGUUAUCCAGAUGCAUAUGGAAAAUGACAAACUCAGAAGCAAAGCUUUGCAAAUAGCUGCAGCUUUUCAAGGUGUGAUUUCAGUGUCAUUAGAAGGAGAAAGCAGAGAUCAAGUAGUAGUAACUGGAGAUCAAAUAGAUUGUGUUUGUUUGGCUAAAAAGUUGAGAAAGAAAUUUUGUUAUGCUAAGCUUCUAAGUGUUGAAGAUGCAAAAGCUUCCACUACUAGUAAUGAGGGUGGUGAAGGUGGUGGAGAACAAAAAGAUGUUGAAAUAUGUAUUACAUCAUUGGAAAAUUUAUCUUGUGAGCAAAACUAUCCUCCGCCUUGUAUCUCGUAUUACAUAGUUCAUGAUCCAUAUCCCAUUAGUUGCUCUAUCCUUUGA